AUGUCAUUAGUAAAGCAUCCAGAAGAUGCAAGGUUGCAAGGUUACAGGUGGGCGAAAGAAGCUGCUUCAAACAAAACAGGAGGCAAACUUAGACUAAAAACCUAUAAAACAGCCAAAAGGAAUCCUGCCUAUUUGACCAGCUUGCAUAGGCAUCUUUCAUGGAUUAGGGCAUUACCCAGUCAAGCCCAGUUAAAGAGUAGAACAAAUGCCAAAGGUCAGCUGCUGCAGGACAGUCAUGACACCUUCUUCAGCCAGCAUAAUCUGAGUAUGAGAAGUUUUAUUAUAUCCCUGUCCAAGAAUGUUCUCAUCAACUAUAUUUCAUCACCUGAGGUGAAUUUCCUCAGAAGUAUUGUGGCACGAUUCAAUCCACGAGUUACAAAACUCGUUUUCCGGUUUAUCGGACAGGAUGAUGUUGAGCCUUCAACAAAUCAAACAUAUGGUUCUUUAUUGAAGAACCUCACAUUUAUCAAAACCUUUGCCUCUGGAAUUCUUGUUCCCAAAUCUUAUAUCUGGCCGGUGGACAACUCACUCUACUUACAACCAUAUACGUCGCUUGUCUUAGAUGCUCAUAAAGAAGGUCUUCAGAUUUUUGCAUCGGAGUUCGCAAAUGAUGUACCUUUUUCUUACAAUUAUAGCUAUGAUCCCGCAGCUGUGAAAUGUAUUUGUCCUUUUUUAGUUGACAAUGGCGAAUAUCUCUGUGGAUGGAUUAAAAAUCAUCAGAAUGCUGUUUGCAAAUAUCUUAUUGUGCCCUUGGACACACUGAAAAUUGGUCUUGAAGCCACUUCGGGCAUCUUAGUCGUCUUAAAGAUGACAUUCUCUUUCUACCGUGAUACUCAUCAUUAUUCUUAUAAUUUGUGUAAUAUUGCAGAUUGCUUCACUCAUUUGGAUAAGAAUGAUAAACUUCAAGCAAAGCUUCUGAUUAUCACAUCUGAAGGAGCAAGUGGAGACUACCCGGGUUGUACCAAUUUGGCAUAUACAAAAGCUGCUUCAGAUGGUGCAGAUGUUCUCGACUGUCCUGUUCAAAUGGCAAAGGAUGGAAUACCCUUCUGCCUGGGUUCAAUUAAUUUGAUAGAUAAGACUUCAGUUUCUCAAUCGCCAUUCAGCAAUAUUGCUAGUACUGUGCCAGAGCUUAACAUAACUAAUGGAAUAGUCACCUUUAACCUUACUUGGGAUGAGAUUAAGAGCCUGAAACCGUCAAUAUCAAACCCAUGGUCAGAGUUUAGAUUGUACCGAAAUCCAAAAGCCAGAAAUGAUGGAAAGUUUGUGUCAUUGGUGGAUUUCUUGACAUAUGCAGAAAAUGCCACAACUGUAUCUGGUGUCAUGAUCAGCAUAGAGAAUGCAGCUUACCUGGCAAAUCAGGGAUUUGGUGUAACUGCUGCUGUGCGUGAAGCCUUAAGGAAUGCCGGUUAUAAUAAUCAGACAGCAAAGAAAGUUAUGAUCCAAUCAAAAGACAGUUCAGUCCUGAAAGAAUUUAAGAAAAGCCGCUAUGAACUUGUUUACAGGGUUGCUGAUGAUAUCAGGGAUAUUGAGAGCUCAACUAUAUCCGAGAUCAAGAACUUUGCUAGUUCUGUGAUUUUAACCAAGAAAUCUGUUUUCCCAAGUGAGAGAAAAUUUGUCAGUGGGCAAACAGAUGUGGUGCAGAAGCUGCAGUCAUCAAAUCUCCCAGCAUACGUUCAAGGCUUUAACAAUGAGUUUGUGUCUCAAGCAUGGGAUUUUUUCUCAGAUUCAUCUGUAGAGAUAAACAACUAUAUUGCUGGAGCUGGCAUUGAUGGUGUUAUAACAGAUUUCCCAGGCACAGCUGCUAGAUACAGAAGGAACCGUUGUUUGGGUUACAAAGACCCACCAAUGUAUCUUAGCCCUGUUGAACCCGGAGGUCUCCUACAAAUCAUGGCUCGUCAGUUAUUGCCACCAGCUGAAGCUCCCAACCCAAUACUUUCCGAAAGUGAUGUGGUCGAGCCACCUCUACCUCCUGUUGCAAAGAUAACCCCUACUGCGGGCAAUGAGUCUACAGCUGAUGCAGCUCCCACCUCUCCAAUCAGUCAAUCGACAGUUGUGGCUGGCGUUUUGACAUGCUGCCUUGCCAUUCUUCUUGAUAUUGUCAUCUUUUGAUCUGAGACUUGUUUGAGGCAUCCUAGAGAUGAAGCUAUGGAGAGAAAUUAGAUUAUCUUGAAAGGAAUAGAAUCAGAAACUGUAUUAUUGUAUUUACUAUCUCAGUACAACAAGUAUUAUAUACAUUGUUAAUAUCCUAACUAACUUCUAACUGCCUAACUAAUAACGUUAACUCA